AUGGCGUGGCCCUGCAUCAGCCGCCUGUGCUGCCUGGCGCGGCGCUGGAACCAGCUGGACCGCUCCGACGUGGCGGUGCCGCUCACCCUGCACGGCUACUCGGACCUCGAGAGCGAGGAGCCGGGCCCGGGGGGCGCCGCGUCGCGCAGGGGCCCGGCAGCCGCUGGCACCCGGGACCCUGGCCGGGACGUGCCGCUCACUCAGUACCAGCGCGAUUUCGGCGUGUGGACGGCGCCCGCGGGGCCGCGAGAUGCGGCGCCGGGUGGUCGCAGGGCCAAGUCCUCCGCGACCCCCGCGCGGGGCGUCUACGUGCUGCCCAUCGGCGACACGGACGCGGCUGCAUCGGCGACCACGUCGUACAGACAGGAAUUCCAGGCUUGGACUGGGGUGAAGCCCUCAAGAUCCACAAAGGCAAAACCAGCCCAAGUCAUCACAACCCACACCUCUGGAUGGGACGGCACCCCUGGGCCCAGCUUCCAGGUCCCCGAGGUGAGAAGGAAGUUCACACCUAACCCCUCAGCCAUCUUUCAUGCUUCAGCUCCCCGGAUUUUCAAUGUGUAA